GAAAGUAUUUUCAAAUGGAUGUUGGCCAUCGUCCAUAACAGCACACAUUCAACCUCAUAUCUUUGCAAUUCAUUCCAUGAACUUGAGGCGUCAGCUUGUGGAAUUACUCCUGGAGUUCUCCCAGUUGGUCCAUUGUUAGCGAGCACCCGAUUACUACAUCAUAGAGGAAGCCUGUGGAAUGAGGAUUCGACUUGCUCGAACUGGCUGGACCAGCAUCCACCCCAGUCAGUCAUCUAUGUAGCCUUUGGAAGCACCACAAUCUUCAGCCCAGAGCAAUUCUAUGAGCUUGCCCAUGGCCUGGAGCAGAUUGGCCAACCGUUCCUGUGGGUUGUACGCCCGGACAUGACUGACGCACCAGUCAACAAGUUCCACGGCACGUUCCUCCAAAGGGUGAAGAAUCAUGGGAAGGUGGUCCAAUGGGCACCACAAGAGGAGGUCCUAGCACACCCUUCAGUGGCAUGCUUCUUCACUCACUGUGGGUGGAAUUCUACACUGGAAGGCCUGAGCAAUGGGGUCCCACUUCUAUGCAGGCCCUACUUUGCAGAUCAGCGCCUGAACAGGAGCUUCAUAUGUGAUGUGUGGAGGGUGGGUCUAGGAGUGGAUGGCGAUGAAAAUGGAGCGAUAACUAGGCAUGAAGUGAGGACAAAGAUACUAGCAGUUCUUGGGAGUGAUGAGAUAAAGACAAAUUGUCAGAGGAUGAAGGAGAAGACCAGGAAGAGUGUGAGUGAAGGAGGUCAUCCUUGA